UAUGCUCACAAGUUUAUAUUAUGUGCUCGGUCACCUGUUAUCAAGAGGAUGUUGUCAAGCUCAAUGGUGGAGGCAUCGUCAUCAGUGUUGCGAAUUCGUUUCCCGGCGACUGCUGUGCGCGCCAUGCUCAAAUACUUGUACUCUGGACUCAUCGAGCUGACCUCAUGUACUGUUCUCGAUAUAAUGUCAGUUGCGGAUUAUUAUAGCUUGGAAGAAUUGCUAGAGUACUGUGGAUGGUAUUCACUACGAGUAUGCAUGGAGGGCGACAAGGACAUGGAUAUCUGCAAGGUGCUGUUCGCCGCUGAACAAUAUGGCCUGGCAAAGAUACGAACAAUGUGCAUCGAGUACAUCACACAACAUUCAAUGGACACUCUGUUGUCCUCACCCAACUGGCAUCUGCUGACAGAGGAGUCGGUCAUCACUAUACUGAAACAGGACAAUCUUCGUGUCCCCGAGGUGGAGAUAUUUGACUCACUGGUGCGAUGGGCUCGUAAGCAGUUUGCAGUGCUACAGGAGAUCGCAGACCAGGCGACAACGCCCAGCGACGCAGUGGACGCGUUCGAGCAGGACUUUUUGCGACGCAAGCUGAAACGACCACUGGAGUGCGUGCGCUUUGCCAACAUGACAACACACCAGCUCAGCAACCACAUCGAGGCGUCAGGCUUAGUGGACAAGGAGAUCAUGUUCGAUGUAUAUAGAGGCCUGGCGUCAAAGGACGCGGUGGGACGUGAUGAGAGCUCGGGCACACUUCGACAGGGCGUGCAGGACUUCCGCUUCGGCUCGCCUGGCGACGAGAAGGGCCUGUUCUACUACUUUGGCACUUGUGAAGAUACGACCGAGUACGAGUCGCCGGUGGCAAGAAACAUUGUGACCGUGUCAAGUUCGGCGAUGAGCAUUGGCUACCCACACCCAUUCGUCAGUCGGCUGCCUACCAACAUGUACACUGACAAGCUGGAGAACUCCCACUUUACCGUCGACUUGACCGAGCGCUUCGUCAUCUGUCCCACCUACUACUCAAUGCGAUACGCUGGCGACAGUCAGGGCUCUAUAUACGCAGCACCCAAGCGAUGGCAGCUGCAAGGCUCACUGGAUGGAUGCCAAUGGGAUGUGUUGCGCGACCAUGUUGACGACCUCACACUGAAGGAGGGCUUUGCUGUGGGAGCGUGGCCAGUGGACUCGACACACUCAUACCGAUACCUACGCAUACAGAUGACUGGACUGAACCAACGAGAUGGCUACGAGCUGUGCGUAUGCUGCUUCGAGGUCUAUGGCCGUCUGGUCAAGCUGAAAGAUCAAGAAGACCAAGAUAGCUCACAAUCAGAAGAUGACUUUGACCUGGACUAUGAAUACAAUCACAACAACGACGACGACGGCGAUGAAGGCGAUGGCGAUGUAGAUGGAGAUGGAGAGGAAGAGGAAGAGGAAGUAGAAGUUGAUGACGAAGUGGAGGAGGAAGAAGAGGUAGAUGUGGACGACAAUGUUGAUGAUGAUGACAACGAUAUGGGUGAUGGCCAACUGGACCUCGACCACUCAUCAGAGAUU